AUGGAUUCUGCCGGUGGAGGGUCGCGGGGGAGGCGGUCUCGCAGUCGCUCGGGCAGCGUUGGCCAGAGCAAUGGACGAAGCGCGAGCACGGAAAAAAAGGACUCGAAAUCCCGACGGCGCUCUCAAACACCGGAUUCGGGGCGACGGAGACGCAGCAGCAACGAACGCCAGAAAAUGCGGAGAAGCAAGUGGGAUAGCAAGGUUUCGCCAUCCGCCGCUGCCUCUUCUUCUGCCUCACCGGCAACGAGUUCCACGGCGACGACGUGCGCUUCGCUCGGGUUUGUCAUGCCUACUGUGAAAGACACGCCUACGGUGUACUCGACGCCUCUUGUCCUCGGGGCGGCUCAAGACCAGGCAGCUGCCGCGACGGCCAUCAGCAACACCCUGAAUAGCCGCCUGCAGCCGCCCCCUCCGGCGGCUCCUCCUCCCCCUGCUGUCGGCGGGGCUCCCGCAUCCGGCGCGCAUGCGCUUCAGCAUGCGAUGGCUGCAGCGCAGAGCCUCGGAUCCGGGCGAGGAUACGACGCAGAAUUUGACCGCAAACAUAGACGUCUUUAUGUCGGCAACCUUCCUCCUGGGUCAACUCAGCCGGACGUUGUCGGCUUCUUCAAUGGCGCCCUUCUGGCCGUCAAUGCACAGACAGGCUUCGUCAAAGAGGACGAAGCCACGCACGGAGAGAAACUCCUCCCGGUUGAACGCUGCGAAGUCUUCAACGAGUCCUCCCGAUUCUGUUUCAUUGAGCUGAGAAGCGAGCAAUACGCCAUUCUCUGCGUAUCACGUACAACGGUUUCUCUUUACGCGUGGGAAGGCCACAUGAUUACGUGGCACCACCAGGAGGCGACCCCGCACACCAGGCUCACAUUCCUCUUCUGGACGACGCGAAGAAGAUCAAAAGGGAGGAGAAGAGAGAGAAGCCGUCUCGCCCGGAAACAGGCCCAGACAACAAGAUUUAUAUCCAGAACCUUCCUCCCGAGAUGGGGGAAGAGCAGGUACUGUCCGCGACCUCUUGGAGCAGUUUGGGACGCUGCGAGUGCUGAACUUGAUCAGAAACGUGCAGACUGGGCAGCACAAGGGCUACGGUUUCUUCGAGCUCUGAACGGCUUCGUCUGCGGUGCCAACAUGCUCAGUGUACAACGCGCGAAUUUUUCAGGACCCGUCGUGACUCGAGACACGAAUCGGACGAUGACGGUCACCAGUUUGCCCAACUCGAUGACGCAGAAGCUUCUCUCCGAUCCUCUCGUCGCAGUUCAGAUUGACCCAAAAGAAUAUGAGGCCAUCUGCGACGAUAUAAAACAGGAAGCCGAGAAGCACGGGGCUCUUGAGGAAGUGCUUGUGCCGAAGCCUAACGAAGAUCUGUCCUACCGAGAAGGGGUUGGGAAGGUAAGGCUGCGAGCAGUUCCCCUUUUGCAAACAUAUGCAGUGCCAAUCGGAUUACACCUGACGCAAAACACAAGUCCUGUAGCCACAACGGCUCCUAUUCUAACGGAGCUGGUGACGUGGUGCACGUGCUUCGUGUGA